UAUUGCACUUGUAUAGAGUCCGACCUUUGUCCAGAGGCAUAUUCAUCCAGCAACCGCCUCGCGAAGACUCCAAACCUCUCAUCAGACCGCCUCUUCGAUUUCAGUACGUCAAUUUGUCUCAUUCGAUCCUUGCCAUCGAUGCAAUCAACCAGUCCAGGCAAGUACCCAACCAUCAUACUGAGUACAUCUGUAGUUGUUAAUUCUCCAUCUCUUAUAUGGCUUCUGAAAGAAAACCGGAUUCCUUAA